ACCCAGCUCUCACUUGUGGCUCCUGUAGCUGCUAGCAUGUGGCAGCGGCCACACCCCGGGCAACGGCUUCGACAGGCCGGCUAAACCUUGUGAGGGUAGCCAUCCAUUCAUAGACUGCUGGUGAACCAGGGCUUUGCUCACCCAGCAUGUGAAGACUGUUUUGGCAGAACAGACGGAAGAAACCAACAAGAAGGUUCAACGGCUGAGAGGGCGACGCAGCGAAGCACUGUGGAGUGCUCAGGGCGUGUUGGAGCACAAAGGACAACAUGGCCAUCCAAUGCAGCUGAGGAAGUCUCCAGGUGUAACGAAUUUUCAUGCCAAUGGACCCAGGCUUCCAAUGCCGAGAGAGUGGGACUGUCUCUGUGCAUCGGCUUUUCCACUUAAAUCUCGCACAAGUGUCUUUGUGCACACUCAUCUAUCAUAUAUGAAAAUGCACAAAGACAAUCGUCAUCCUCCGUUACUGAGAGACUACUACUCCUACUACUAUACUAAUAACUGUUUUAUAUAUGUCAAGAGCAUAAUUGUUAGCCUCUUUAUUAAUUAAUUAUCUUAGAAGUUAACUAGUUAAUUAUCCUAGACCACAGGGCAAUCACCAAAGUGUCAGAAGUGUUAUGGACUUCCUUGCUCUUCCUGGAAUAUAGCCCUCUAUCUUCCAACUGCAGGUAUUUACCCUGUCUGUCCCCCAAACCUGCAGAGCUCUCUCCCCUUAUCUCAGCCUAUAGGAUUCUCUGGCUUCCUUCAAGUGCUUUUCUUCUAUUGACCAUCUCCAAUUGCUCCCAUUAAUACCCUGUAUAUACACAGUUUUCUCUGCCCUUAAAUUAUUAAUUACUUGAGAGCAGGGAUUCUUUUGGUUUUGGGGAGGGGUGGCCUUUGUACCUCCAUGUGCUUAGUGUGUAGUCUGGCAUCUGGUAGGUACUUAAUUAAUGAUUACUGAUUCUUUGACCAUUUGCACAUUUAGAACUGACAACUUAUGAUACUUGAAAGAAGUGUGUCCAACAGAGAAAGAAUAGCCUCUGGAAUGACAUUCAUAUGUAUUUAAAUGUUCUAGAACAGCAACAAUCUCAGGGUUGAUUUUAAUGUACACGACUCUCAAAAUGCAUCUUAAAUGUAGGAAAUAUGAAUUUUAAAAUUCCAGAGUACUUUGUGAUUGUGAACACUGAUGAUGAUUUAGAGAAAAGCACCUGGAUGCCUGACAGAAUUAUGAAAAAAGUUGUAUUUCAAAGGGGGACAGCUAAGUGGUCUAGUGGAUAGUCAGGUGUAGAGUCUGUAGGACCUGAGUUUAAAUCUGGCCUCAGACACUUCCUAGUUGUAUAACCUUGGGAAAGUCACUUUACCUUGUUUUCCUGGUCCUUGACCUUUCCAUUUUGGAGUUGUCACUAGAACAGAAAGUAAGGCUUUUUUUUUUUUAAAAUCCUUACCUUCAGUCUUGGAGCCAAUACUGUGUAUUGGCUCCAAGGCAGAAGAGUGGUAAGGGCUAGGCAAUGGGGGUCAAGUGACUUGCCCAGGGUCACACAGCUGGGAAGUGUCUGAGGCCAGAUUUGAACCUAGGACCUCCCAUCUCUAGGCCUGGCUCUCAAUUCACUGAGCUACCCAGCUGCCCCCACCUUUUUUUAAAGAUUGUUAUGUGUAAUGAGUAAAAGAUGAAAUGAUUGAGGAAACAAAGGUUCAAGUUUCUAAGCAUGUUGAUUUAUUAGGCAAUGCAUGCCAGUGCAUAAGAAAUCGGGACCAGGUCCCUUCUUCAGUUUAGGGCUGGACCCCAUAUACAGGAGGAGAUAGACUUGUAUACAUUAAAAACAAUCAAAGAAGGCCAGUUAAUUAGAAGGAAACAACACAACAUUAGGGAAUCUGAUUUCUAAUUGGAGGAAAGAUUAGGGACUUUCCAAGAUGGGGGAGGGAGAGUGAACAGGUACAAUUCCCCGAAUUCAGAAAAGGAGGAGUCCCACUUCCCCCAAGUAUCUGUAAAUAAUCAAAGGAACAUUGAAACAAUAGUUGAUUGAUCAGUAUGGGGCUGGUUUAUAGAUGACAGAAACGGAUUCCUUGAGGUGUAGAGUUAUGAGAAACCUCCUUGCAUCAAUCUUUGCAUCUGAUUAUGUUUCCAGUCAACAUAACCUAGGUCCUUGGUUAAGGGUCUCUAAACAGCAGAUGGUUCAGUUUCCUAGCCACAGAGGACUAGGUUCAAACAAUGCAAUAAGGUCUCUUCCCAAUUCUCACAGUUGAACAAAAUUUUCUCACAGGACAGAACUGGGACUAGGUUCAUAAUGGAAUAGAAAGAGAACCAAGCUAUCUCCAGACUUGUGACACAAGAUGGAGUUAAUGGGUUCACUGAAUCUCUACAAUUAACCCCUUGAUGGUCUAAUCCUCUCAAUUCCCUCAUAUGGAUGUUCUUUCAGUAGGUGAAGCCACUCUCUGGGAAAAGACCAGCCUUAUGGAUCCUUCAAACACUGCCAGCAUCUCAGAGAAGGAGGAUACCGAUCUACAGAAAAAGGAAGGAAAUGAGCAGCAGCACAGGAAAGAGAAAAGGUUCUGGUCAGUAAGAUAUGGCUUGGCUGUUAUGAUACAUGGCAGCAACCUAAUAUCAACCUCCCAAACUUUUGGUCUGAGCAUUGCCAUCAUUGCCAUGGUGAACAACACAGGCCAGUCAAACCAGUCCAAUCUUUAUGCCUCUACAGAUGCACAGGUUCCUGUAUAUGAGUGGAGCCCGGAGGACCAGGGCUUACUGCUUAGCUCUUUCCUCUAUGGCACAUUGAUCUCUAUAAUCCCAGGUGGGUAUGUGGCUGGAGUUCUUGGAGGAAAGAAAAUAGCUGGUUUUUCAUUGUUUAUCUCUUUAGUUCUCAACCUCUUGAUACCAGUAGCAGCAGACCAUGGACUAACCUACCUGAUACUCACCAGGAUAGUACAAGGCCUAGCCCAGGGGAUGAAUGUUUGUGCUCUACAGGCAUUUUGGCCAAAAUGGGCUCCUCCCUUGGAACGAACUCAAAUGAGUAACAUUGGUUUUUCUGGUUUAACAUUGGGAAAUUUCAUUAUCAUAUUAGUGGGUGGAUUCCUCUGUCAGUCCCUGGGCUGGCCAAGUACCUUUUAUAUAUGUGGAGGGAUUGGCUGUGCCUAUAGUAUUAUCUGGUUUUUUCUGGUUUAUGAUGAUCCCACGAAUCACCCAUUUAUAAGUGACAGUGAAAAGGAGUACAUCGUUUCUUCAUUGGCUGGACAAGAUAGUUCUCCUCAUUGGUCUAUGCCAAUCAAAGCUAUGAUGACAUCACUGCCACUUUGGGCUAUUAUAUUUGCCUCCUUUUGUCGAUUCUGGUUUACUAGCAACUUAGCAACAUCACUGCCAAUGCUCUUAGACAAUAUCUUUGAUUAUAGCCUUGAAAAGGUGAGUACAGAAUUCUUGCCUACUGUUCAUUCCUCUAAUGGCCUUAACCCUGAAACUGCCGGGAAGAAUGUUUUCCUUGUAUCAUCUGGUAUUAGUCUUUUAGGAAUGAUUUUCUUCCUCAUCUUUGGCAAGGCAGAAGUCCAGGAUUGGGCCAAGGAGAAUACAAUCACCCCUUGAUAAUGAGAAGAAAAUUAGUUCUUCAAAGGACAUCCUUAAGGAUUUUCAGUGUUAUCCUCAACUUCUUAAAUCUCAUGUGACAACAUACGCUAAAGCCCUUAGCCUCAUCUUUCUAAUAUCCAUAGCAUCUCACCUAGCAUCACUCUAGGUCAGUCCCUCAUUACCUUUUUGGUCUCUUCCUCUCAUUUCUUUCCUACUUGGCUCUAUCUGUCAAAUGGUUGACAAGAUGGUUUUCCUAAAGCAUAGGGCUGAUCAUGUCACUCUCCUCCAAAAAAAUUCCACUGCCUCCUGAUUGCAUCUAGAAUCAAAUAUCAACUUCUCUAUUUAAAACUGGUAGCUCUUCACCCCCUGGCUCCCUCCUGCCUUCACAGUCAUCUUCUAAUCAAUUCUUCCCCUCACACUCUGCAGUCUAGACCUAUUGUCCUGCUUUCACAUUAUUUUUGUAUCUAAGACAUUCUUCAUCUCCCCUCUCUAUAAGCUUGUACUCAUUGUUUGUCAUGCCUGGAAUGCAUUCCCCUUUACCUCUGCACCUUGGGAUCCCAGAGUUUCUUCAGGAUUCCACUCAAGUGCCAUCUUCCUCAUCAAUCUUUUCCUGGUCCCCUCCCCAGUUGCUAAGGGAUUCCCUCCCAAAACAUACCAAUGAUGUCUUCAUUUUGUACUGAAGAAAUUAAAAGUUUUCUGUAUCCUUUAAUAAUUGGUUCUAUUUUGUGCUGUAUCCUGUCCUGUAUUAAAAGGGAAUUGUGUUAUUACUCUUACCAUUAGCCCUUGGGACAUUUGCUUGUAGUCUGUAAGCCACAACCAGCUUAAUAUCAUUCCAUUCCCUAAAAGAAAUGUUUCCAUCCUUGCUUGUCCUUUUGUAUGUAGAAAAAAUUUGAUCUUCUCUAAGAGGACAGAGGGUGGUGGAACUGAGCGCCUAGCAAAGAUUACCAGGGGCUUAUGGGUCUCAUAAAACAAUUCACAAUCCUUAAUUUCCAGAGAAGGGAUAUGAUCAGCCCCACCUGAAUGCUAAUCAGCUUUUCUUAGGAUAGCCAAUUGUAAUGAUCCCCAGCUACCUGGACCCAUGUCAACAGAGAAGGUUCUCCCCACUUCUCAUUGAGGUGGCUGGUUUGAUCAACUUCACUAAUAGUUAUACACACACACACACACACACACACACAUACACACACACACACAUACAUAUAUAUAUGUAUGUAUGCAUCACUUUUAAUUAACUAAAUUUGCUUGGAGUAUGGACUUCAGUUUAUCCUCACUGAAUUUACUCACAACAGUGUGGAGGGCCCACCAGGAUCA